CUGCGCGCCUUUCCUCCUGCGCUCGCCGGCCUCUCCUGCCUCUUAGAACCUUCCUGCGGUCGUGGUCGCAUCUCGCUGCUGCAGCCUCCGGGGCCACGUUCCAUCCUUUCAGCCUGAGACCAGCCCAGAAAGAGAAAUAAUUAUCUUUUCUUGCUUGGUACCUAUCUUAAAGCCAUGAGGGAAAUCGUGCACAUCCAGGCCGGACAGUGUGGCAACCAGAUCGGUGCUAAGUUUUGGGAGGUGAUAAGCGAUGAACACGGCAUCGACCCCACCGGUACCUACCACGGAGACAGCGACCUGCAGCUGGACCGAAUCUCCGUCUACUACAAUGAAGCCACAGGUGGCAAGUAUGUCCCUCGAGCUAUCUUGGUGGAUCUAGAACCCGGGACCAUGGACUCCGUUCGAUCAGGUCCUUUUGGCCAGAUCUUCAGACCAGACAACUUUGUUUUUGGUCAGUCUGGGGCAGGCAACAACUGGGCUAAGGGUCACUACACAGAGGGAGCUGAGCUGGUUGACUCCGUUCUCGAUGUGGUGCGGAAGGAGGCAGAGAGCUGUGACUGCCUGCAGGGCUUUCAGCUGACCCACUCUCUGGGUGGAGGCACGGGCUCGGGCAUGGGCACCCUGCUCAUCAGCAAGAUCCGAGAAGAGUACCCCGACCGUAUCAUGAAUACCUUCAGCGUGGUGCCUUCACCCAAAGUGUCCGACACCGUGGUUGAGCCCUAUAACGCCACCCUCUCCGUCCAUCAGCUGGUCGAAAACACCGAUGAGACCUACUGCAUUGACAACGAGGCCCUCUAUGACAUCUGCUUCCGUACCCUCAAGCUCACCACGCCAACCUACGGAGACCUGAACCACCUCGUCUCCGCCACCAUGAGCGGUGUCACCACCUGCCUCCGCUUCCCAGGCCAGCUCAAUGCUGACCUCCGAAAGUUGGCUGUCAACAUGGUGCCCUUCCCGCGUCUCCACUUCUUCAUGCCCGGCUUUGCCCCGCUCACCAGCCGUGGAAGCCAGCAGUACCGGGCCCUCACUGUGCCUGAACUUACCCAGCAGGUCUUCGAUGCCAAGAAUAUGAUGGCUGCCUGCGACCCCCGCCACGGCCGAUACCUCACCGUCGCAGCUGUCUUCCGCGGGCGGAUGUCCAUGAAGGAGGUAGACGAGCAAAUGCUCAACGUGCAGAAUAAGAAUAGCAGCUACUUUGUGGAAUGGAUCCCCAACAAUGUCAAGACGGCGGUCUGUGACAUCCCACCCCGCGGCCUCAAGAUGGCAGUCACCUUCAUCGGAAACAGCACGGCCAUCCAGGAGCUCUUCAAGCGCAUCUCGGAGCAGUUCACGGCCAUGUUCCGCCGGAAGGCCUUCCUCCACUGGUACACAGGUGAGGGCAUGGACGAGAUGGAGUUCACCGAAGCCGAGAGCAACAUGAAUGACCUCGUCUCCGAGUACCAGCAGUACCAGGAUGCCACUGCGGAAGAGGAGGAGGAUUUCGGGGAGGAGGCAGAAGAAGAGGCCUAAGGCAGAAAGCCCCGCAUCACCUCAGGCUGCUUAGUUCCCUCAGCUUUCUUCAGCUGCCCAUUUUUCUCCUUCAGAGUUUUCUUUCUGCUGCCUCUGUCCUGUUUUUUCGUUUUUUUCACUGGGGCGGGGGGAAGUGAACGGUGCCUGGCACACAGUAGGCGCUCAAUAAAUAUUUGUUUGUGGAA